AUGGCAUCUUUUGUUGUUGGAGGAAUAAAAUUUGUAAUUAUUUUAUUGGUACUACUUUCUUUAGUUUUAUAUCUUAAUGCUGAAGUGAGAGUCAAAAAUUAUGUUUCUCAAAAGACAAUAGAUGCUUUGAUGUUUGAAUCAUUAAAAAAUAAUCAAAUAUUAGCAUGUGAAAAUGAAAAAGUUACAUUAAGUUGUCCCAAAAAUACACAUAUUAUUAUAACACAUAGUUUUUUUGGGAGACUUAUUCCAAGUACAGAAUUAUGCCCAGCACCAAAAAAUUAUAUUAUUAGGAGAGAAGAUACAACAUGUGAUGUUCCUGAAGCUGAUAUGAAGUUAAAAGAACUUUGUGAGGGAAAAAGAAAAUGUCGGAUAACGGUUAAGUCAUCCUUUGUUGAUAGAGAUCCAUGUCCAGAAACCUCCAAAUACCUUCAGAUGUCAUAUAAAUGUAAACCAAUAAGUUUUGAGGAUCAACAUUUUUGUGAUGGAACACAAUUACAAUUAACAUGUAAGGCUAACAAAAGACUUUCAAUUUACUCAGCAACCUGGGGUCGAAAUAUAAAUGGUAUUGGUGCCACAAAAUGUGCCUCCAACUUUAAGGCAAAUAAUAAUAAAAUAACAGGUGUUGAAAAUGAUUGUCUUAUUGAUGUUCUUCCUCAAAUUCUUCAAGAAUGUCAUGCAAAGUCAAAUUGUGCUAUGGCUGUUAAUGAUUACUUCUUAGGAACACCUUGUAAAAGUAAUGGUGAAAAAAGUUUAAGUAUCAUUUAUAUGUGUAUAAAUGAUGAAGUUUUCUCAGAUGCUGCUAUUAAAGGACAGCUGGAUACAUUAGAUGUAAUGAAAAAGGAGUUUAAAGAAAAACAAGCACAAGAUAAGAUGAUUAAUGAAGAGGUUGAUGAAGAAGAGGAGGAUUAUGACCAAUACAAUGAGAAUGAUGAUGAUUCAGAACAAGUCAAUAUAAAUAAAAAGGCACCGCAAAUAAAAUUUAAUAUUAAUGGAGAUGAUGUUAAUAAAGAAAUUGUUUUUCAAAGAGAUGAACCGCAUAUUGAGGAAAAAAUAUAUCAUCAUGUUGAAUUAGAGGAUUACAAAAUAUCAAAACAAUCAUUAAGUGAAUCUACUACAGAAAAUUUGGAUGCAAUUGACUUAGCUAAAGAAUUUUAUGCUAUAAUAGAUUUUAUAAAAAAUAAUAAAGAAAGAUGUAUUCUUUAUUUUGGAAUUUCUAUAGCUGUAGGUGUUAUACUUUUACUUUUAGUAUUUAUUGCUCAAUAUACUAAAAAAUCACAUGGAAUGAAUAAAGAAAAUAUAUUACCUUCAAAGGUAAUUAAACCAAAUAAUGGUGAAAUGUCAUUAUUAAUAGGAUCAAGUAGUGGAAAUUCACCCCUAUAUUUUAACCCCUCAGAACCAGAUAUGUAUGGAGGAUCUGGUUCUAAUACAAGUUUUCAAUAUACAGAUAUGGAAAGAAUUUAUUCAUCACCUAGCUAUGGUCUUGAUGAAAAUCGGAUAAUGAAUAAUGGAAGAUACGACUCAUCAAUUCCUCCACCACCACUUAAACUAUCUGGAAGAUAUAAUUAUUGCUAG